ACUAAAUAAAGAGAAAAUUUGAAUUUGUGGUCAGCGGACAGAAGCGAAUUCAGAAUUUAAACGUUCGUACGGAAAAUUCCAAAAUGGAUUUCAUCAACUCAUCUAGUUCUUCAUCAACUAGUAAGAGCACAAAACCAAGAAAGAACAUUGGUGCUACUACUCAAAGUGUCAAGCAAAAGGCAGAGGAACAACAGAGCAGUAUUCGAUAUCUGGGCGUGAGGCGAAGGCCAUGGGGUCGAUAUGCUGCAGAGAUAAGAGAUCCCACCACGAAAGAAAGGCAUUGGCUCGGGACAUUUGACACUGCUGAAGAAGCCGCGUUGGCCUAUGACAGAGCUGCACGCUCCAUGCGCGUUAACAACAAAUCUAACAAACCAACUCGGACUAACUUUGUCUACUCAGACAUGCCACAUGGCUAUUCUGUCACUUGUAUAGUCUCCCCGGACGAGGAACAUCAACACCACCAACAACAGAUAUUGGUCUUUGGUCAGGCCGAGAGUGCUCCUGCUCCCACGGUCGAUUGUGGGGCCCACUUCAGUCACUUUUCCGCCAGCAACAUGAAUAAUGUUGGUGGUGGUGGAGAGUUUGUGUUACAACAGUACUAUAACCCCAACUACAGUAUGCAUAUGGAAGACAAUUACAGGUACGAUAUUAAUAAUGCAACGUCAACAGAAUUGCCACCAUUGCCAGAAGAUAUAAUAAGCAGCAGCAACUACUACUACUUGAAUGAUCAAAGUACACAAUUUCCAACAACAACAAUUUCAGAAAUGGGUUGUAGCAGCAGCAGCAGCAACAAUGGCCUUUUGAAUGAAAUGAUAAUUGGUACAAACAAUGAGUAUCACUAUGGAGGAAGUACAAUUACUACAACAAGCAGUACAACAACAACAGCUGGGAGUUUUAACUAUUUUGGUUUUGAUGACUGUUUACAGCCACUGAAAGAUGAACCCAACAAUAAAAGUUUGGGUUAUUGGUUCUCAUAA